AUGACAACCACAUUUUCAGGAAAUGCGAAUGAAUUUAGAGUUGGCAAUCGUUUAAGUAGUGGAGUGGUUAUUGCUCAAAUUGAAAAAGAGAUUAAAGUAGUGUUGGAAGAAAUACCUAAAUAUGAUGAUAUAGAUGUCAUUGAAAUAGAUUUGCCACCCAUUAAUGACAAAAAACGUGAGAAAAUUCUUGAAACUAAUCAUAAUAUUUUCCAAGCUGAAAGGAUCAAUGAUAGACUGUUCAUCAAAUUUGAUGUUAAUGGUAAUGAAUUUCGACCAGAUGUGGGGGGAUGGAAUCAAUGGUCAACUCGUCAGCACCUGUCAUUAAUGUGGCAUUCAAUAGGACUAAGGAUCAUGUCAAUGUCAUUAAACAAGAUUGAAUAUGUUCAGCCAUAUUGUCCAAACACUGAAACAGAUCAUCCUUCAAGAGCACCAUAUAUUGGUCAUUGGCUGUAG